CCCCCUCCCUGCUCGCCCGCCUGCUCGCCUCGGUCCGUCGGCCGGUCGCGCUCCGGACUCAGCCCGGCGCCCGGGCGGGAUGGAGUGACCGAGCCCGGCCAGACCCCGGAAGUCCCACCGCCCGCCUUGCCCGGGGCCCAUGCGGCCCCUUACAGACCAUGGGGUCCCGCAUUAAGCAAAACCCGGAAACAACAUUUGAAGUCUAUGUUGAAGUGACCAAUUCAGCAUCAGCGGGUCCAGAUCCUGAGGUGCGGAAGCAGUUCCCAAAGGACUACAGUGACCAGGAAAUUCUACAGACUCUGACCAAGUUCUGCUUCCCCUUCUGUGUGGACAGCCUCACAGUUGGCCAAGUUGGCCAGAACUUCACUUUUGUGCUCACAGACAUUGACAGCAAGCAGAGGUUUGGGUUCUGCCGCUUAUCGUCGGGGGCCAAGACUUGCUUCUGUAUCUUAAGUUAUCUUCCGUGGUUUGAAGUCUUCUAUAAACUGCUCAACAUCUUGGCAGACUAUACAGCAAAGGACCAGGACAGCCAGUGGUAUGAACUUCUAGAAAUGCUCUAUAAACUACCCAUCCCUGAGCCUGGCUCAUCUGUUCAUCUCAGUGUGCACUCUUACUUUACUGUGCCUGACAACAGAGAACUUCCCAGCAUACCUGAAAAUAGAAAUCUGACGGAGUAUUUUGUAGCUGUAGAUGUGAACAACAUGCUGCACCUCUACGCCAGUAUGCUGUAUGAACGGCGCAUCCUUAUUUGCUGCAGUAAACUGAGCACUUUAACCGCCUGCAUCCAUGGCUCUGCAGCUAUGCUUUACCCAAUGUUUUGGCAACAUGUUUACAUUCCUGUCCUUCCUCCACACCUCUUGGACUACUGCGGAGCUCCAAUGCCCUACCUCAUAGGAAUACACCUAAGCCUGGUGGAAAAAGUCCGAAACAUGGCCCUGGAAGAUGUGGUUGUCCUCAAUGUUGACACGAACACACUCGAAACUCCUUUUGAUGAUCUUCAGAGCCUGCCAAAUGAUGUGGUCUCUGCACUGAAAAGCAGGUUGAAGAAAGUCUCCAUGACCACAGGCGACGGUGUGGCCAGGGCGUUCCUGAAGGCCCAGGCUGCUUUCUUUGGGAGCUACAGAAAUGCACUGAAGAUCGAGCCCGGGGAGCCCAUCACGUUCUGUGAAGAAACAUUUGUCUCCCACCGGUCUGCCACCAUGCGACAGUUCCUGCAGAACGCAACCCAGCUGCAGCUUUUCAAGCAGUUUAUUGAUGGCCGCCUUGAUCUUCUCAACUCCGGAGAAGGUUUCAGUGAUGUCUUUGAGGAAGAGAUCAACAUGGGCGAAUAUGCUGGUAGUGACAAGCUGUAUCUCCAGUGGCUGUCAACGGUUAGGAAAGGAAGUGGUGCCAUUUUGAAUACAGUCAAGACCAAGGCAAACCCUGCCAUGAAGACAGUCUACAAGUUUGCAAAAGAUCAUGCAAAAAUGGGAAUAAAGGAGGUGAAAAACCGCUUGAAGCAAAAGGACGUUGCAGAGAACGGCUGCUCCACUGUGCCAGAAAACUCCCUGCCAUGGACAACUCCUUCCCCACUGGCUGAACAAAGAGAUCCCAGACUCCACGAGGACAGAAGGCCAAUCACUGUGCACUUUGGGCAGGUUCGGCCCCCCAGACCCCAGGUGGCCAGGAGGCCCAAAAGCAACGUUGCCACUGAUGGCCAGAGGACUUCCGUAUCCAGCCCAGACCACCUGGUAAAGCCUACACGCCACUAUACGGUCUUUCUCUCAGAGGACUCUUCCGGCGAUGAGUUUCCGCAGGAAGAUGACCCCGGCUCUGCCUUCUCUGACAGCUUCCUCUUCUCUGCUCCCUUUGAAUGGCCUCAGCCUUACCGUGCCCUGAAGGAGUCCAAGAGCGCAGAGAGCGAAGAGAGUGUCAACCCUGAGAGGCCUCAAGAUGGUGGAAAUGCUGCCCCACCCACACCAGACAGCCCUGUGGAAAUCAGCCUUCUGGGAGGCAUAUUCUCGGGGCUGGAGAUGAAGCCUCCAUCCCAGCUGCUCAGCCAAGCCAAGAGCUUAGAAGACUUGAGGAUUCCCAAGGAUGAAGGUGACCAGCAGGGGACCUUUGACUACCAGCGGAUGGAUCCUGGCAUUUCCGAAAAGAGCUGGAUUUCUCCAGGGAUGAAGUUUUCUCACCCCUACAAGCAGCUGUGGGGCCUGGGCCAGGAUGACAUGGCCAUUCCCACAAAGUAUUCCCAAAGCUCCCCGGAGAGGCCCUUGGCUCCUCUUGAGAACAUGUCUUCCGCCCCAUGGAGGCCGCGGAGCAGAGACUCCAUCCUGGAUCUCCCUGAGAAGGACAUUGGGACCUCUUCUGGCAGUCAAGGCAACAUCACAAUCCCACGGCCGCAGGGCAGGAAGACACCAGAGCUGGGCAUCGUUCCGCUGCCACCUGCACCCAGACUUGCCAAGCAACAGGCACUGCUUGAAACCGCAACCUGCCUUGCAGGACCCAGUGACCUGGCUUCAGAGCUCAUGCUGGACACUUUUGCACCCAGAAACAUCUCUCUGGACCCUGAAUUCAGGCAGCCUGCUGGUUUUGCCACUCACCAGCACCAGCUCUUGCCCAGCAGUGGCCAUGGAACACAGAUGCUUCAGCCGGUCAAGGUCUGUGUGGAGGACACGAGCAGCAACAAUGACUCUCUCCUUGCCUUCCUAGAUCCAUUGAAAGCAGGGAGUUGUCAAGAGAUGAGCUUCCAGCCCAGCGCCAGAAGCCUGCUAGGGUCAUCAUCUCCCAAUCUCACAACUGGUUUCCCUACAACAGCAGGUGACCUCAUGCCACCCGUGCCGGCAACACUUGGUCAGCCACUGGGAUACCCUCCCUCUGCAGCACCAUUUGGGCAGGCCUCUCUCAACCCGUUUGUGCAGGCCACGCCAGCACCUGUGCCGUUGUCCCUGGUCAGGCCCCCUGGCAGCCCUUUUGCUCCUCCCCUAGGCCAUGCUUACAGCUCCAGCAUUAUCACAUCACACUCCACCUUCUAUCAGCCCCAGAGGCCUCCUCCAAACCCUCUGACGCUGUCCAUGCCUAACCUUUUUGCCCAGCCUCCAGCAGCCCCAAUGCAAAGCCAGCUCCCUCCCCAAAGCAAUACCCUGCAGCCAGCAAAGCUUUGUGGCUCUUCCAAAAUUCGAACAUUGCCCCUGACCCAUUCUGCCUCGAAACUAGAGACCAAGACGAGGCUGGCUGCAAGGCCCAGUGACCUCCCGCUCGUUCCCCACAAGGCCAAAGCUGUAGAGUCAGUGUUACUCCCUAGCAAACCUCAGGCUACUAAAGACCCCUUUGAAGACUUGCUAAAUAAGACAAAGCAAGAAGUUUCCGUCACCCCAGGUAAAGUGGAACAGAUGAGAAGGCAGUGGGAAACAUUUGAGUGAAUCUUCCGGUGGGAGGGGGGCUUCAUUACCGUUAAGUUGUGUGUUGAGCCAGUAUAAAAGCACCAAACUCCAUUGGAGCAAAAGGGUUAGUCAGCCAGGAGCUACUGCCUGCGCUCCAACUCCUGUUGGUAGGAUGUCCUGGCUAAACACUUUUAGGAUCCCCCUGAAACCUUCACUGGCUCCCUUCCCAUGGAUCACCGUCAUCCUUUAAGCCUUCAGAGUAGCUGAAGAAAACACUGGGGUGGGGUAGAUAAGUCAUAUUCCCAAGCUUCCAAAUUUCGUCAAAGUAUCUUCUGAACUGGAGAGUGUUCAGUUGUCAAGAGGUAUUUCCUUGCAGCCACGGCCCUCUCUCUUCCUGCACCCACUAGGGCCCACUUCCUCACCAAUGUGAUCAGUAUUGAAUUUAGGAGUCUUUCCUGUGUUUUCACAGGCCGCGAAUCAUGUUUUGCUUCCAGGCGUAAAUGCAGGUAUAAAGACGGGAUGAAUUUGCCACUGGACUUUUGAACCGGGACUCUUUGUUAAUAGCUUCUUCCUCAUUCCAGUGCACUUUUGAUUUAGUGGACAUGUGGCUCUUUGAACUUCCUGCACUGUUCCCCCACCCCCCACCCCACAACCUCUGCACACAUCGGGGAACCCAUUCGCAAAGGGGUCCCUGCUCCCCUCCCAGUUUCUCUGUCGAUGUUGGAGAGCACCACACUGCUGGGUUGCUAGGAGGGCAAGCACCUUUUCAGGCUCAUCAGAGAAUUGGAAUCACCAGCAGUGGACCUGUUUAGAGCAAGACACACGAUGCCCCUAUCAUGGUUCCCCAAAACCUUAUAUAACUGUGUGUGAAUAUUAUAUAAUAUUAUAUAAUAUUAUAUAGAUCUAUAGAUAUAUAUAUAUGUUACUAGGUGGCAGUACUUCGAGUAGAUGUAAUCGUACCUUAUCUUAUUACCAAAAAGGGAGACGACCAAGGUGUAAAGAGUUCUUGUUUGUGGUGAGCAGCAGCAAAGCACCCCAAAGUUAAAACUGUAGAGCACAGGGGGACAAGUGUGGGCUUUUCACAGCACGUUUUAAAUCUGAGUGUAAACUGCUCUUCAGUAAAAGCGGCUUUUUCCAACCUGGUUCUUCCCAGGUGUUUUGGACUGCAAAUCGUUUCAACCCCAACCAGCACAGUUGUGUGAUGCUGCCCAAAAGCCACCUGGAGGGUGCCAGGAAGGGCAAGGCUGCUUAGGAGCAUGAAGAAGGCAGCCUGAUUCCUCAUC